UUCGGUCGCAAUUUGCAAGAGAGAGGAAGAAAAUGUUGUCUACAAAAACCACAGGUGCUGGUGCUGCAGAUAUAAGGAAAUCAAAAUGGAAAUUUUAUGAAGAAUUAAUUUUCUUACAAUGCACGACGACAAGGGUCGGUGGUGCGGAUACUUUAAAUGAAACAGCAAACCGUGAAGACCUCCUGGCAACUGAGGAGCCAGAACAGCAAUCGGAGCAGCAGAAACCACAAUCUCCACUUCCACCAUCCCCACUACCAUCUACAAGUAGCAAAAAAGCAUCUAAAAGAAAAGUGGAUGACAAUCUAAGUGAAGUAUUUGAAAUAGUCAAAUCUGCAAAACGCAAAAUGGAUGAAUCUAAGGAUGAAUAUGAUAUUUAUGGGCAAUACGUCGCUUCAGAAUUAAGAGCGGUACAAAACGAGACUGCCGUAAUACAAGCCAAGGCUUAUAUUAAUAAUAUUUUAAUAGACAUGCGAAUGGGCAAAUACAAUUAUGGUUACGGAUAUCAUAGCCAUCCCGGAUAUGAAACUGCGUCGACACCAGCAAGUUCAACCUCACAAAAAGAACUUGAAACCAUUGAAGAGAUAGUUUCACAAAUCGCAUCAGUAGAAGAAACCGAUAGUAGUACCCAGUAGAUAGUUCGCCUAAUUUUGUAUAAUUAAUAAAAAAAAUAUUGAUUCAUAA